GCCCAGUUUUGUCUUCCCACUUUCUUUGCUCUUUCCUUUCGCAAACAGAGGAGUCUUCCUUUUCACAGAAAAAAAGCUCGCUUUUUGGGGGUCUCUCUCCCUGGUUGCAGAAAGUUCAUUGUAGAUCUCAAGCCGCUCAUUCUCGCGCACUAGGUUCGCAGAAACGGUGAUACCAACGGCUUGAGAACCUCCGCAGCAAUGGCGAUCAUAACGGAGGAAGCAGAAGACCACCGUCAACAUCAAGAACCGGAACUGAGACCGAAACCAGAACAAGAACGAGAGGUGAGCCGACCCCAGAACCCCGCUACGGCUUCACAAUCUUCGCGCACGAACCCGUUCAUUUCCUGGUUCUACUUCACUCUGACCGUCUCUCUCGUCACCCUCCUCUUCGUCUCUCUCCCUUCCCUCUCCUCGCAAGACCCCAAAUCCUGGUUCCUCGGCCUCCCCGCUGACCUUCGCCAACAUUACUCCAAGGGCCGUACCAUCAAAGUCCAGAUAUACCCAUUUUCUAGUCCUGUUGAAGUGUUUGCGGUCGAGAACGGGCCUAGCUCUGCCGAGAAUGUGUUAAUUAUUCAUGGGUUGGGUGCGAGUUCUUAUUCUUUUAGCAGAGUCGUGCAGUCUCUGGGCUCUAAAGAUAUACGUGCCAUUGCAAUUGACUUGCCUGGAAAUGGGUUAUCUGAUAAAACUGUUGCCGUUGAAGAAGAAAGAGAAAAUGGGGUUUUGGAGAGGUUUUGGGACGUGUUCAGUGAGAUUAAGGAAAAGGAUCUGUUCUUUGCCUUUGAUCAGAUUAUUGAAACUGGGCAAAUGCCUUACCAAGAGACCGAAGUUCUGCGGGUGGUUAGUAGAAUGAGUGUUAAGGCACUCGAAUUGGGUGCUGAAGAGGUGGGCAAGGUGCUGGGGCAAGUGAUUGAGACCAUGGGGCUAGCUCCGGUUCAUCUGGUUUUGCAUGAUUUGGCUCUUGCAAUGAGUGCCAAUUGGAUCUUGAAUAAUGAGGGACUGGUGAGGAGUGUAACCCUUAUCGAUACUUCAGCAAAAACCGGCAUUGCCUUGGUGGUCCUUCGAGGUUCCAGUGCUUCGCGACGGUCUUGGGUGUUCCUUUCUUGCAUAAGAGGUUGAUCAGGUCAUUUUGUGUGAAGGGAAUCAGCAGUUCUGAUGCCAAUGCGCAUGGGAUUCUGAUGAAGGGAAGAGGUGGAAGAAGAGCUAUCGCUGAGAUCGGGAAGAGGUUGAAUCAUAG